GCCAUCGGAAAGGAUCGCACGAUGGUGGGGAAGGACAGCCAUAAUCGACGGACAUUUCGAACUGACUCAGCGGAUGUCAUGCAACUAAAUUAGUAGUCCCCGAAGCUCUUGGGGUGUGCGUAGUCUGAUUUAUCCCGUUUUCGUAUGGUGGGGUUGGGAAGCCGUUGGUUAUAUCUCCUGGCCAACAAGUCCGUAUCUUUAUACACUGUACACAGCAUUCAUUCUUGCUUUCAUUGCAAUGACAUUCCCCAACCGGCCUCAGUUCUCUGGGUUCAUGAGGCCCUGCAGGGUUGAAGGGGGAGCAUCUGAUUUACAGGUCUUGGGGGAAAUCCCAAAGGAAAUCGACGGUGUCUUUUACAGGGUUAUGCCCGAUCCCCAGCUCCCUCCAUUCAUUGAAGACGAUCCUUGGUUCAACGGCGAUGGCAACAUCUCUGCAUUCCGCAUCAAGGACGGCCAGGUCUCUUUUAAGCAGCGAUAUGUGAGGACGGAAAAGUUCAUGCGUGAGAGAAAAGCUCAACAGGCGCUUAUUGGUUGGUUGACAAGCAAAUAUCGCAAUAAAUUCACGGACGCUGUAGAGUUUCAAGUCCGCAGCACGGCCAACACCAAUAUUGUAUACUUCAACGGACAACUCCUAGCAUUGAAAGAGGACUCGCCUCCAUACGCUUUAGACCCAGCCACGCUGGAGACGAAAGGUCUCUAUGAUUUCGACGGCCAGCUGCCGAGUCUGACUUUUACGGCGCAUCCGAAAUUUGAUCCCAGAAUUGGCGAUAUGGUCUGUUUUGGAUAUGAAGCCCGGGGCGAUGGAACGCCGGAUGUUUGUUAUUAUAAUGUCGCCCCUGACGGUAAGUUCACUGAAGUCGUUUGGCUGGUGGCACCGGUCGUAGCUAUGAUACAUGAUUUUGCCGUUACGGAGAACUGGGUUAUCUUCCCGCUCAUCCCCCAAGUAUGCGACCUCGAGAGACUGAAACGAGGUGGCGAGCACUGGCAAUGGAGCCCCGAGACGCCGCUGUAUCUCGGAGUCCUCCCGCGACAUGGAGCCAAAUCCACAGACGUCAAGUGGUUCCACUACAAAAACUCUUUCCCAGGACACACCGCAAACGCAUACGAAGACGCACACAGCAAUCUCAUAAUCGACCUCGGCCUCAGCGACAAAAACGUCUUCUUCUGGUGGCCAGACGCACAAGGGAACAGUCCCCAACCUAGCUCCAUCCACUCGAAUCUCGUGCGCUUCUGCAUAAACCCACAUUCAACAGCAGAUACAGAUCUCGCGCUCGAAGAACCACAGGUCCUUGAAAGAAGUAACUCCGAAUUCUACCGGAUCGAUGACCGCUUCACGACCCGCCCCUACAGACACUGUUUCUUCACCAUGAUGGAUCCGGCCCUGGGUACGGACUUCCCGCGCAUAGAGCCAAACCUAGGUGGUGGGUAUCCGCUGUAUAAUGCACUUGCACACUUCGAUAACCAAAUCGGCGAGACGGAGGUUUAUUUCCCGGGGAGUACGCAUAUGGUGCAGGAGCCGGUGUUUAUUCCCCGUAAUGAUGAGGCACAGGAGGGGGAUGGGUACUUAUUGGCGUUGGUGAAUAACUAUGAGGCCAUGGGGAGUGAGUUGCAUCUAGUUGAUACGGAGGAUUUUAGCAGACUGAAGGCGAGGAUUUUGUUGCCGGUGCGUUUGAGGCCGGGGUUGCAUGGGAAUUGGGUUGAUGGGAGGGAUAUUGCAUUGUAG